UUUCAACUCUCGCGCAUGCGUGAACAUUUUGUUGAUAACAGCCUAGCUUUGACAGACGUACUGUAGCUAGUUUGUGCGGUUAGCCUCAAAGCUUUAAGUUAAAAUUAAUUAUCUUAAGAAGACUGUCAUCGCAAAACCUUUAAUAUUGCACUAUGCUACAGUUCUUGGCUGGAUUCACCUUGGGCAACGUUGUGGGGAUGUACCUCGCUCAGAACUAUGAUGUUCCAAACAUUGCCAAAAAAUUUGAGGCUUUCAAGAAAGACGUGGAGGCCAAGAAGAAGCCACCCGAGUGAGCACCGCGGAUGAUAUUUCAGCAACAUAAUGCACUCUGCAGAGGAUUUAUUUAUUUUACAGGGUUGUGGAACAAGUGUACAUUUGUAUGGGAAUUACUGACAGUGCCUGAAACAGUGUUUCAUUUUUAGCUAUAUUUCUAUGCCUGCUGGGUUCAAAUUCCUUUUUCCAAUUCCAGUGUGUUAGCAUUUGCUAGCAUUGUCUGACAAUUAUGAUUAUUACAAUAUUAGAACAUAUUCAGCUUUCAAUUAGGUUUCUGUUCUUUACUUUAAAGUGACUCAUGAGGAAUACAAAUUAAUGCUACACAAUGCUGUGUGGCACAUUCUGUCUGCACUUGUAGGACUGGUUGAAUCAGAAUAAAUCCCUUCACUACUCAGUGGAAAAACUUA